AUGUCUAUUAAUACGCAAGGUUCUGAUGUUUCAGAUGCUAGUCUGGUUAAGCAAAUGAAAGAGGUGAAGAAGGACGGCUGCAAUACGGAGAAGGUUGUUAGGAAGAGGACUUCCAGUUCAAGUUCUGGAGGUUCUCUCUUUGGGAUGAUUAAAGAUACGGAUAGUAGUCAUUUUGAUAUCAAGAAGCAGAAGAUAACGAAGGUGCUUGCAAGGAGCAGGGACAAUAUCAAGGAGUACAAGUUGACGAUGUCCAUCGAAUCGAAAAAGAAGAUUAUUGCUUGCCUUCAUCUAUUGAAACUAGCUAAUAGACAACUUACUGAUAAAAUCACUUCGUUACAAGAGGUGGUUACAAAGGAACAAGAGGAAGCAGAAAAAGAGCAAGAAAGAGCAGAGAUGGGUAGACAUCUUCUUGGAAGAAAUCUGAAGGCCAAGAAUGUCCUUUCGAUCUCUGCUAUUGUGAACGAUAACACUCCAGUUUUAAAACCCGAUAAGUUAGCACAUGCAACUCAUGUAAUUAAGGAGGAGAAGGAUGAACAUGAAGAUAACGAAGAGGAAGAAUUUUACGAUGCCCCAGAACCAACCCCAGAGCAAUCUGAAUUGAUUAAAGAAGACGUUGUUUGUACUGUGAAAAGGGUGUAUUCUAUUGUAUCAACAUUCAUUGGUAGUACAGUACCGGAACCAACACGUUCCACUAUUCGUGAAUGUUUGUUAACACUUCCAUCGAACUGGUGUCAAACAGCAAAUGCGACGUCGGUUCCAAGUUCCCCCGUCUAUACUGGAAGUUCUAGAGACGGUCCUAAGGAUACAAAUACUCCGAGUUGUAACAAUUGUUUGAGCACGAACUUUAAAGUGUUAAUUCUAGCAAAAGAAUCCUUAGAUAUGGUAAAGAAUGUUUCUGAUGCAUUGGAUGAGUCGUUGGGAAGAGCAGAAGAAUGGGUAAAGGAAAAGCAAAUAUGGAAUGAAGAAGUCAGAACAAAGUUAAUAGAGAGAGACAGGCAAUUUAGACUUCUAGAGGCAAAAGAAGUAAACCAGAACGAAAAGGCAGAGAAACUAAUGGGCGCAGCGAAAUCAGCGCAAGAGAACACGAAAAACCAAUAA